AUGUCGAGAUGUAGUGCAGGACGACCACGCAAGAGGACGUUGGAGUCCCUAGUAGCAGAGUCGCCAAAGAGGUCUACGGGGGUCGAGCCUGCUAAUCAGGGACAGACUCCGCAUGGUACUGUGGGUGCGUCGGGCUUUCAGACUCCGAUGGUUUCAGAGGUACCUACCCUGACCGUACCCGUCGUACCCACUCCUAUGGUAUUCACAGUGCCACCAGCGGUGCCACUUGCGGCAUAUCCUACACCUCCUCCAGCCGUGCCUGCGGCAUAUUUGCGCCGGCAGUCGGUCCACUCCCACCUCCAACCCCCACAAGAGCAAGCCAAGCAGUGCCGAGCCUUCUUCUCGUGUCUCUGCUCGACACUGCCGAAGCCGUCAUCGACGUGCCCUAGUUUCCAAUCGCUACCACACCUCUGCACAUCGCUAUCUUUGCUUGUGCUUGUACCAUCCCCAGCAGAUCUACCUGUGACAUCGCCUUAUCCUCUGACCCAGCACCACCACAGAGGCUUUCAGAUAUCAGCGGCUGAGGGGAAGCGAUUGACACCGUUGCAGCAGCUUAGCCAAAUUGCGACAGUGAGUUCUUCAAGUUUGGAUCAGCGGCUAAGGCAUUGGUUUCGGGACUUUGAUUUACAACGCGCUGCCUUACGUGGGAUUACUUUUGGCACACAUUAUUUUGAGGUUGAUGCUGUCAGGAGGUUCCAGUCGCUAGUCCCCACUUUGCAUCGUCACGGGUUCACUUAUUUUGGCUUUCUUGGUUCCUUGUUAUAUAUAUUUUUUAUAUACUUGUGAUGUAGGAUUGUACUCGAGGAUGUUUAUCGAGUUGGUCUACAACAUUUGUUUUU